CGGAGUUGAUGGCUUGUUAGCUUUCUGUCAAAUGUUCGGUUGACGGGGUUUUCAUCAUAAUUGCAUUUUUAGCGAGAAUUACGCCAUUUAUUUAUUUGUUUCUGAAUAAUCAUUAAGUCUGAAGUGUCCACAAAGUAAAAAUUUCGCUGAAAAUAAGAUAUGAGCGAUAAUUCCCGGUAUUCAAUGGAAUCUGGGGUGAAGGUGAAGGAUGAAGUGGAUUCUCAAUACGAUGGGAACGAGAGCACCAUCAGCUCGACUACAACCACUACUAGCUCGGUGCCGCGCCAAGAAAUCACCCGACAGAAUAGUCUUAUAAGAAUACAACAGCGUAAACAGAAGGUGUUCCAACUCCCCAGGCUGCAGAAAAUGGCCAAGUUGGCCAUGUAUUCCGCUUGCCAGGCGGAAACUUGUCUCUGCACAGGGUGGAAGAUACCCCAGGAGCAUCGAAAUAAGGACGUAGAGGGGAGCUACUGCCCGGAUUUCAGUGAAGAAUGUCGGUUCGAUCAGUGUAAACACACGCUAGACAUGCACAUUUCACACGUGAGGGACAUAACAUCUGAACAACUUAACAAACUACUUUGUGCGGUUAUUGAUGUGGAGAAUUUGUACAUGAGUAUGCAGCGAGUCGAGGACGAGGACACCAAGAAGGUGUAUUUAUAUUUGUUCAGGCUUCUUAGACAAUGCAUUAUCACUCGCAAACAACCUGCAAUACGAGGGCCUCUAGGCGACCCGCCAUUCGAAACUCCAAACAUCGCUAAGGCGGUGUCCAAUUUCGUUUUCUAUAAAUAUAAUCACUUAAGUCAGACGGAGCUACAGAUUAUGAUUGAAGCAGCGAAAACAUUUUUGAAUUUCAUAAAUCACUGGAACUUCGAACCGCCGAGCGCGAGAAGUGGGGAUGUUACACAGGAAGAUGCCUCGACGUACAAAAUCAAUUAUACGAGAUGGCUAGUAUUCUGUCACGUUCCUGCCUUCUGCAACUCAUUAAAACCCUACGAAACUGCUUUGGUUUUCGGCCGGACACUUCUCAAAGCUGUCUACCAAUAUUUCGCGCAACAACUGGUCGCACGUUGUCUUGCAGAAAAAGAAAGAUUCUCGGCCGAAAAACGAACUGUUCUUUCCAUCAUGCCCAAGUUUCUGGAAGCAUUCAAACAGGAAUUACUUAAGGACGAUUCAUGCAUUUGGGAUCCUUCAUAUCGAUCUCCUCUUUCUUAUCUAAUGCAUCAGCGGAAGCGGCAGCAGGAAGCUGCGAUGGCAAGUAAUAAACGUUUCAACGGUGAACAAUCGUACAAGAAGGUGAAGAAAGAAGCGGAAAACGAAGAUUUAUCGGAGGAAGCAUUCCAGAAGGCAUUGAAGCAGAUUAAUGAGUCUAAAUCGAGUGCAGUGAAUACAGAGGUUUUAUAUCCGGUAAAUACGCGAAUGUCUCGCGAUGAGAAUGUUAAGGCUGAGGAAAGUCGACGUGAGAUUGAGUUUCAUAUCAUUGGGAAUUCACUUACGAAACCAGUCUCGAAGCAGUCGAUGUUGUGGUUGUUAGGAUUGCAUACGAUUUUUUCGCAUCAUUUGACUGAGAUGCCCAAGGAAUAUAUUAGUCAAUUGGUCUUUGAUCCUAAGCAUAAAACCCUCGCCUUGAUUAAGGAUAAUAAGCCGAUUGGUGGGAUAUGUUUUAGAACUUUUGCAUCGCAGGGUUUCAUUGAAAUUGUCUUUUGUGCGGUCACAAUGAACAUGCAAGUUUGCGGGUACGGAACUCAUUUAAUGAAUCACCUGAAAGACUACAGCACACAACGAGGGAUUCGGCAUUUCCUCGCUUAUGCUGACCAACAUGCGAUAGGAUAUUUCAAGAAACAAGGCUUCUCAAAGGACAUUAAAAUCGCUCGACCCCUCUAUGCCGGCUACAUCAAAGAAUACGAGGGUGCCACCUUGAUGCACUGCGAAUUUCACCCAAGCCUGGUUUAUACUCAAUUCAUAUCGGUUAUACGAGAACAAAGGGAAAUAGUUAAAGAACUCAUUGUUCAAAGGCAACAGGAAGUACAAAAAAUUCAUCCUGGAUUGACAUGCUUCAAAGAGGGUGUUCGUUCGAUUCCCGUGGAAUCUAUACCCGGUCUGCGGGAAAUUGGCUGGAAACCGCAAACACGGGCCCAACGCACAUCUCGACCGCUCGAGGAAUCAGCCGAUCCAGAUAAGCUUGCCACAACAUUUGCAACAGUUCUGGCCACGGUUCGACAACAUUCGGCAGCUUGGCCGUUUUUGAAACCGGUGAAUCCAAUUCAAGUGCCAGAUUAUUAUGAUACCAUCAAAUAUCCAAUGGAUUUGAAGACAAUGGGUGAGAGGCUAAAGAAGGGAUAUUAUGUAAAUCGACGACUGUUUAUGGCUGAUAUGGCUCGGAUAUUCUCCAACUGUCGAUUGUUCAAUGCUCAGGACACCGAAUAUUAUAGAUGUGCAAAUCAACUGGAACGAUAUUUUCAAACUAAAAUGAAGGAAAUCGGUCUGUGGGACAAAUGAUCUUCAACUUCCCGCCAAUGUUCCCCUAUUAAUACGCAGUCCACUACCGGCAAACACAUUUCGCAUUCAACGGCAGUCGCUUCUCCAGCUUCGUCAUCAUCUUCCGACGACGAGGCGCUAAUCAAAUUGAAAGAAAACGAAUCAAUGAAAAGUUUGAACCCAAUUUCGCCUUCUAAGCAAUCUGAACUUCUACACAAUAUCACUUACGGAUCCAUUACUUUAGAUUCGCAGCAACAAGCGGCGAUAGUUUUAAAGGUAAACUUGAGCGAUAUGACGAAGAAGAUUGGAUAGAGCAGCGCUUACGAUGGUCUUCGAAAUUGGUAGGAAUUUAGAUUAUUUUUCUGCUUUAAAUCGUUAGCAGAAAGGUUUUACUGAGAAGUUAAUGUUUUUAUUAUUAUUCGGGAAUAUUUAAAAAGUAUUUGUAAGCUUCUAUGCUUUUCACAUCUCUCCACUUUCAGUGUUAGAUCGAGUUCAAUUGGGGCGACUCACUUUGAGAGCGCUUCCACCCUUGUUACAAUAUUUGGCGUUUCCGAACGCCUGAUGUAUUUGCUGCGGUUUUUGGUUGUAGUAAAUUGAUUCUCGGCUCUUUUCAAUUAUUAGUGACAUUUUAGUUUUUACGAAGAAACGCUUGGAUCAAAUUUAGUUUUCUCUUGACAUUGCAACAAUUUUUUGCGAUUUUUAGAAUCUGAAAGCAGAAAUUCAUUUUAGAAUCUGAUAUGAAAUAUUUAAAUAGAAAAUAUAGAAAUAAGAAUUGUUAUAAA